AAACAACAGAAAGAAUACAAGAUAAGUAAAGAGUAUAAAUCGAGUGACGUGUACGUAGGAUGUCAUAUCUCUCGAUUCCCAAGUCCGCCAUGGUGCUCGUACAUCUGGCAACGUAGCGUGCGUAGCCUGCUUGGACCACACGAUGUCACAUGUAGAUUUUUAAAAAUUCGACAUUUUCGAAUCAUAAAAACUGAAUUUUCUCCUUAAAAUAGAAUUCUUGGUCGCAUAAUUAUAGGAAAAUAUGUCUCUCUCUCCCUGUUGGAAUCGUCACAGCACAUCCGAGCUGAGUGUUAUAUGAAAGAAACGUUAAACAAGAACUUUUACUUUGUGAAGAACAGUAUAUUUUAGCUUUGAGUGUAGCAGUCAGCGCUUGGCUAAACUUGUGUCGGUUAAACAUGUCGCAGGAACAACCCAUCAGCAUUCCAAUGGCUAACUUAAGGUACGACCGCGACGACCGCUACUGCACGAAGCAAGUGGUCGUGAAGCUGUUCGUGUUGGGGCUCCUUCUGCUCGCCGUGUCGCUCGCCGGCUUCGUGGCCUCGCAGAGCAGUUGCCGCUACAACGACUGCACCUUCGAGACCCACGCCGCCUUCUCUGUGGGCGUGGCUGCUCUGACGGCGGGGGUUAUCUUCAUCCUUCUCGCUCUUGCUGGACAUUGCAAUCGUUGUUGCAGUAAGACAAAUUAAAUUUUGUUUUAAUCUCUGCAUCAGAUUUAUUAAUCAAUUUAUUUUCAUUAUAAAUGUUAUGAUAAAAAUCUGAGUUGCUGAUCAGUGCCUAACGUUAUAUUGUUUGUUUCCUUCUUUCAAUAAAUGUUAGAAAAGUAAA